GGCUUGUACCCAAACCACUGCUAUUGAAGACCCAGGGCUCUUGGCAUUCAAUAUUCAAUCUCAGAACCUCGAAGGUCAAGGCACUAGCAUCGGUGAAGUUCUGGUCUUGAAUGCGUGCAUUGUCUGCCGCUCCAUGGCGGCAAUAUAACUCGAAGGCUGGUGGACACUUCUAUCGCUCGAUAGGUCUCCAAGUCACCUCGCACGAACCACAUGACACUUGGAGGAACCGUUAUUCGCCGUUCUUGCCCGAGUCACGACCGUUUUCUGCGCAUCAGACGUGGUUGUAUAGAGAGUUUCACGGAGCUUAUGAGAAGUGGAGUUGUAAAAGGCUGGGCCGGUGCAUGGCAGUUAGUCCACUUCGACUGUUGAUGAGUACAACUCCACUCCGUCCCUUUUUCCCCACGUUGGCAUACUCGUGUGACCUUUUUAUCGUCUAUGACAUCGGAUGGGUACUGCCAUAUGAAGCCUGGACAGGACUUCUUCUGCGAGUCAUGCCACUAACACCACCUUUUCAUCACCUGCAAUCCUUAUGCCAAACCUCUAACUCGUAUGCGCCGGCUGCUCUCAUAUUUCCGCGCUCAUCAACCGAUGUUUACUCCUUUCUCCCCUAACGAUUGAAUCGGUUUCCGACGUCCAAAAAUGGACCUUUAAUCACUCUUACAAGAGUUGUAUCACUUUGAUGUCAACGUCGUCAGGCGCCUUCCGCGUGUUGGACUCAUCCAUGCGGAAGACUGACUAUAGCCAGCUAUGACUCCUUUCUUUUUACCCUCAACCUCACAACUCCGCCCUCGGCGCCUUAUUACCAUGGCGUGUUCUUUAUGGUUUAACUCUGGGCAUGCAAAUUUCUGACUGCUACGAUGACGUUAGAAGGAACCCGUUAUAUUCUCGACGUGGAAAGAUUCUAACCGAUAUUGACAGACGUAUCACAUUUACGAAUUCUUCAUCGUCAAAUCGGCCCCCGACGCGGAGGUUCCUCCCAUGUCUUCCUGGGAACGUGGAAAUUGAUAGCCACUUUGAUCUUUAAGCACGGAAGCUCCUGUCGUAUAAAGGGAAGGGAACAAACCGGACCUUCUGCCUCUCGUUGAUAGGGCACUUCAAGAGAUGUCUCUCGUUCUCCUGCUUGUUUACUUACACCUACUCGGUUUAGCAGGCGCAAUCCUCGCACUCGUCAUUCGCGCCAAACGAAAAUCCCUGAAAUUCCUCCAGGGACCUCCUUCUCCAUCUUUACUUCUCGGCCACGAAAGCGAGUUCAAUAGCGUUCGGAAGGUCGGAAGUCUAGAGGAUAAUUGGUUCAACGAAUACGGGACGGCGUUUAGGACGGCCGGUUGUUAUGGGGAAGAUAUACUGAUGCUCUCCGACCCUAGAGGGCUCCAGCACAUUUUUCAUAAAUCAGCGUAUCGGUAUCCCAAACCAAAGGACAUCAACAAUAUUACCUUGAAGCUCUUUGGUCCGGGGCUCGUUGUUGUAGGGGGGGAAACCCACCACAGACAGCGGAAACUCCUCAACCCAGCGUUCUCUGCUGCACAGACCAAACCCUUCGCUGAAGUAUUUGCUUCAUGUGCUACAUCGCUUGCUCGCAAGUGGCAAGAUGAAAUCGUUGCGAAGAAGGCUCCUGGCCAACCCGGUACGAUCAUCGAUACCGUUCGAUGGUUACCGAAUAUGGCGUUGGAUGCCCUUGGUGAAAGCCUAUUCGAGUAUGAAUUCGGUGCUCUGGAGGGAACAAGGAUCAGCGUACUUUGUGAUAUUAUUCGAGACCUUUUCAUCGACAGUCGCAACGUCAACGAGUUCCGCCUUCUACGACAGGCGGCUUACCGGUUUCUUCCCACUUCCAUCGCGAGGCUGUUGGACAUCAAGAAGACGAAGCAGGAUAAAAGGUUCGCGCAUUGGCUCAAAACCAGUAGGGGUAUUGCGGAUGAACUCGUAAAAUCGAAGACGGAAGGCAGUGGAACAGAUGGAAGGAAUGACUUUAUGAGCAUUUUAUCCCGUGCUCUGUAUGUAAACGUCCCCGAGAAGGGUAUGUCCCCGAGCGAAGCUCUCUCGCAAAUGGCAACGGUAAUCUUUGCGGGUCAUGAAACUACUGCGUCUACUUUGAGCUGGAUCUUUUAUGAGGUUGCCAUGCACCCCAAAGAGCAAGAGAUAUUAUUCAAAGAGAUAAAGAGCGUGCGAGAACAGACCGGGAACGCGAAUGAGCCCCUGCUGGUGAAAGACUUGGAGGGUAUGGCGCACUUGAAUCGGGUUAUAAGGGAAACCCUCCGGUUUCAUCCCAUCGUUCCAGACCUGUUCCGUGAAGCGGAUGUAGACGAUGUUAUACCACUGGAUAAUCCCGUUGUGGACGCGUCCGGAUCAGUGUUGACUCAAGUACCGGUGGUCAAAGGACAACGAGUGCACGCUAGCAUUUAUGGCUACAAUCGGAACAAGGAGCUAUGGGGCGAGGACGCUGACCAGUGGAACCCAAACCGCUUCACAAACAAUAAAAAGCCAACAACGCUCGGUAUGUUUGGGAAUCUUAUGACCUUCAGUGGCGGAGUCCGAGGGUGUAUUGGAUGGCGAUUUGCUAUCCUCGAAAUGCAAGUCGUCCUAGCAACACUCAUCGAAUCAUUUGUAUUUUCGAUACCGGAAGGGGUCGAGGUGGAACAGGUACGGCCUGGUUUGGGAUCGCCAAUGCGAAAAGGUCGAUGGGCGGAGGGUACUCAAAUGCCGUUGAUGGUGGCAUUGCGAGCAGGAGGUCUUUGAUACUGCUGAAUCUUGAAGCUUGGAGAUAAGCCAAAGACGAUUCUUGAUAGUACGACGAACACGCCAAAAUUCGACCAGAACAUGAAUUAACGUGGCUUUGUGUACAUGUAACGCUCAAUAUAUUGAACCUGCAAGUAUUAUGGUCAAUGACCUUGUUGAG